AUGGUAACAUUCCUACCUCGAUUCCUCUACGAACAGAUCAGGAGAGCUGCCAAUGCAUUCUUCCUCUUCAUUGCCUUAUUGCAGCAAAUUCCUGAUGUGUCUCCGACAGGAAGAUAUACCACUUUGGUGCCCUUAAUCUUCAUCUUAACCGUUGCUGGCAUCAAAGAAAUUAUAGAAGACUAUAAAAGACACAAAGCAGAUAACACAGUAAACAGAAAGAAAACCAUAGUUCUCAGAGGAGGAACAUGGCAGAUCAUGAAAUGGAGAGAGGUGGCAGUGGGAGACAUUGUGAAGGUUACGAAUGGUCAGCAUCUUCCAGCUGAUAUGAUCAUUUUAUCCUCCAGCGAGCCAAAAGCAAUGUGCUACAUCGAAACAUCCAAUCUUGAUGGUGAAACAAAUCUUAAAAUACGUCAGGGUUUACCAGCAACUUCAAAUCUUCAGUCUUGCGAGGAUUUGGUUAAAAUGACAGGAAGAAUUGAAUGUGAAGCACCAAACCGUCAUCUAUAUGACUUUACAGGGAAUCUGUGCUUAGAUGACAACAGCCCUAUUGCUGUUGGACCUGAUCAGAUCUUGCUAAGAGGGGCCCAGCUUAGAAAUACGCAAUGGGUAAUGGGAAUAGUGGUGUACACUGGUCAUGACACGAAGCUUAUGCAGAAUUCUACAAAAGCACCUCUAAAAAGAUCCAACGUUGAAAAAGUGACCAAUAUACAGAUCCUGGUUUUGUUCGGUAUCCUGCUGGUGAUGGCACUUGUUAGUUCUGUUGGGGCGUUAUUAUGGAACCAAAAAUAUGAUGAAACCAACUGGUACCUGGGCAUAAAGGAAGCCAUUUCUAACAAUUUUGGCUACAACCUGCUAACAUUCAUCAUUCUGUACAACAACCUAAUUCCUAUCAGUCUGCUGGUCACAUUGGAAGUUGUUAAAUUCACUCAGGCUCUUUUUAUCAACUGGGACAGAGAUAUGUACUAUGCUGAAACAGACACUCCUGCCAUGGCCAGAACAUCAAACCUCAACGAAGAGCUUGGGCAGGUUAAGUACUUGUUUUCUGACAAGACUGGAACUUUAACCUGUAAUAUUAUGAACUUUAAAAAGUGUAGCAUUGGUGGAGUUACCUAUGGGCACUUCCCUGAGUUUGAAAGAGAACGUUCAUCCUCUGAAGAUUUCAGCCAGCUGCCUUGUACUAGUGAAUCAUGCGACUUUGAUGACCCUAAAUUGUUCCAAAAUAUUGAAAGUGAUAGCCCUGCAGCAUCUGUAAUCCGGGAUUUCCUCACUUUGUUAGCUGUAUGUCACACUGUUGUUCCUGAAAAGGAGGGAGAUACAAUAAUCUAUCAGGCUUCCUCACCAGAUGAAGGAGCGCUGGUAAAAGGAGCAAGAAAACUUGGAUAUGCAUUCACCGGCAGGACACCAGAUUCAGUUAUUAUUGAUGCAAUGGGGAAAGAGGAAAGCUUUGAACUUCUAAAUGUGCUGGAGUUUUCAAGUGACAGGAAGAGGAUGUCUGUGAUUGUCCGAACGCCAUCAGGGUCUCUCCGUCUUUACUGUAAAGGGGCUGAUAAUGUCAUUUUUGAGAGAUUAUCAAGAGAUUCAAAAUAUAUGGAGCAAACCAUGAGCCAUCUUGAACAAUUUGCAUCUGAAGGUUUAAGGACAUUAUGCAUUGCGUAUGUAGACCUGGUAGAGUCACAAUAUCUGGAAUGGCUGAAGGUGUAUAAUGAAGCCAGUGUGACCCUGAAAGACAGAACACAAAAACUGGAGGAAUGCUAUGAAAUUAUUGAAAAGAAUUUAAUGCUUCUUGGUGCAACAGCGAUAGAAGAUCGUCUGCAGGGAGGAGUUCCAGAAACAAUUGCAACACUAAUGAAAGCUGAGAUUAAAAUAUGGGUCCUAACUGGCGAUAAGCAGGAAACUGCUGUCAACAUAGGUUACUCUUGUCGGCUCGUUUCACAAACAAUGUCACUUAUCAUGGUGAACGAGGACUCUCUGGAUGCCACAAGAGCAACACUAACUAAUCACUGUACAAACCUCGGCGACUCUCUUGGUAAAGAAAAUGACCUUGCUUUAAUCAUUGAUGGGCAGACAUUGAAAUAUGCGCUGUCAUUUGAAGUCCGACAGUGUUUUCUCGAUCUGGCCCUCUCGUGUAAGGCUGUUAUUUGCUGCAGAGUGUCUCCGCUGCAGAAAUCUGAAAUAGUAGACAUGGUAAAGAAACAUGUGAAUGCUAUCACACUGGCUAUUGGAGAUGGUGCCAACGAUGUAGGAAUGAUCCAGACCGCACACGUCGGAGUUGGGAUCAGUGGAAAUGAGGGCAUGCAGGCAACCAACUCCUCCGAUUACUCCAUAGCGCAGUUUUCUUACUUGGAGAAGCUUCUGUUAGUACACGGAGCCUGGAGCUACAAUCGAGUGACCAAAUGCAUAUUAUAUUGCUUCUAUAAGAAUGUGGUUCUGUAUAUUAUUGAGCUUUGGUUUGCAUUUGUUAAUGGAUUUUCUGGACAAAUUUUGUUUGAACGAUGGUGCAUUGGUUUGUACAAUGUGAUCUUCACUGCCUUACCGCCAUUUACUUUGGGAAUCUGUGAACGCAGCUGCAGCCAAGACAGCAUGUUGAGAUUUCCAGAACUCUACAAAAUUACUCAGAACGCAGAUGGAUUUAACACAAGAGUUUUCUGGGGUCACUGCAUCAAUGCCCUUAUCCACUCCAUUAUUCUCUUCUGGUUUCCACUGAAAAUGCUGGAGCACGAUGCUGUAUUUACCAGUGGGCAUGUUACAGACUAUUUAUUUGUUGGAAACAUUGUUUACACUUAUGUUGUGGUGACGGUCUGUCUAAAAGCUGGCUUAGAGACCACCGCAUGGACAAAGUUCAGUCACCUGGCCGUUUGGGGGAGUAUGCUGAUGUGGCUGGUAUUUUUGGGUGCCUAUUCUUCAAUCUGGCCCACCAUUCCCCUUGCACCAGAUAUGCUUGGACAGGCGGGGAUGGUGUUGAAGUGUGGAUAUUUCUGGCUGGGUUUAUUGCUGGUUCCUACCGCAUGUCUCAUUAAAGAUGUCGCCUGGAGGGCGGCCAAGCAAACUUACAACAAAACAUUACUGGAGCAGGUGCAGGAAAUAGAGACCAGGUCAAAAGAACUAUCGAAGGCUGUGCUUCGUGAUUCAAAUGGAAAGAGCUUGAACGAACGUGACCACUUGUUGCGAAGACUUGGCAGAAAAACCCCUCCAAGCCUCUUUCGUGCUAAUUCCGUACAACAAAGUGUAUCGUAUGGUUAUGCAUUUUCUCAAGAAGAACACGGCGUUGUUUCUCAGUCUCAAGUUGUGCGAUCCUAUGACACAACAAAACAGAGAGCCGGGAUAGAAUAACAAAGACUCUGAUGACUAGUGGCAGAAAUAAUGAGCUUUGGACAAUACUUCCACUGUUAACAGAUAUUUGACUAAAAUUGGCCGCAGCAGCCAAAAACUGGGAAACUCAUUUCUGUGGCCUUUGCCAACAAAUUUCUUAACUCCGAUUUUUUUUUCUUCUAUGGAGAUUCACAUAAGGAUUAAAAACAAAAUAAAAUAAAAUCUAUG